CACAAACUCACUACACGAUCGGCUAUAGCGAGCUAACAGAAGCUCUAUCAAGUACUGUGUAGGCCAUGGCCGGAGCCCUCGUCUUCGUCGCUGUUCUCCUCGCCGCAAGCGUCGGCGCUACGACGGCUACCACGCUGACCAUCCACAACCUCUGCCCCCACCCGGUGUGGCCGCUGGUGACCCCGAGCUCGGGCUUCCCCUCCAUCUCCACCAACACCGCGCGGCUGGGCCCCAACGCGCUGCUCUCCCUCUCCUUCCCGCCCACCUUCUGGGCCGGCCGCGUCGCCGCGCGCACGGGCUGCGACGCCGCCGCGUCCGGCUGCUGGACGGGGACCACGCCGCCCGCCACCGUCGUGCAGGUCACCGUCCACGACGGCGGGAACCUGGACCAGGCCACCUACAGCGUGUCUCUCGUCGACGGCUUCAACGUGCCCAUGGUGGUCAGCCCGCAGGCCGUCGGCGGCGGGCAGUGCCCGGCGCUCGGGUGCCCCAUCAACCUCAACUGCGACUGCCCUCCCCAGAACCGCACCGCCGAGGGCGCCGCGUGCCGCGGCCCGCCGGAGUACUUCAAGAACCGGUGCCCGCUCACCAGGACCACGCCCACCGACGUCGAGCCCGUGCCGCAGAGCUGCCGCGCCCCGGGGGAGCUCAAGGUCAUCUUCUGCCAGGCGACCAUCGUCACAUGCGGCGGCGAAGCAGAGCGCACCGUCCUCGCCGACAGCUAGACAGAUCGAGCCGUCCAGCUCCAUUCGCCUCCAGGCUCCGCUGAAUCCUUACAGUAAUUGUCAUGCUUUCUUUUGCUCCAUGUGUUUGUUAGCUUUGGCUUCGACGCGCGUGUACUCCGGUGGUUUUAUUUUAGAAAUCAGCAGUGAAGCAAAAUAAUUGUCUUCGGAUA